AUGUGGAAGUACGUCUUCGCCGCUUUUCUUGUGUUCUUCAGUAUUGUCUACAGUCAAGAGUACGCCGCAUAUUGUGACAACACCACACAAAACGAUAAAGUCUACAGUCAAGAGUACGCCGCAUAUUGUGACAACACCACACAAAACGAUAAAGUCUACAGUCAAGAGUACGCCGCAUAUUGUGACAACACCACACAAAACGAUAAAGUCUACAGUCAAGAGUACGCCGCAUAUUGUGACAACACCACACACAACGAUAAAGUCUACAGUCAAGAGUACGCCGCAUAUUGUGACAACACCACACAAAACGAUAAAGUCUACAGUCAAGAGUACGCCGCAUAUUGUGACAACACCACACAAAACGAUAAAGUCUACAGUCAAGAGUACGCCACAUAUUGUGACAACACCACACAAAACGAUAAAGUCUACAGUCAAGAGUACGCCACAUAUUGUGACAACACCACACAAAACGAUAAAGUCUACAGUCAAGAGUACGCCGCAUAUUGUGACAACACCACACAAAACGAUAAAGUCUACAGUCAAGAGUACGCCACAUAUUGUGACAACACCACACAAAACGAUAAAGUCUACAAUCAAGAGUACGCCGCAUAUUGUGACAACACCACACAAAACGAUAAAGUCUACAGUCAAGAGUACGCCACAUAUUGUGACAACACCACACAAAACGAUAAAGUCUACAGUCAAGAGUACGCCGCAUAUUGUGACAACACCACACAAAACGAUAAAGUCUACAGUCAAGAGUACGCCACAUAUUGUGACAACACCACACACAAAACGAUAAAGUCUACAGUCAAGAGUACGCCACAUAUUGUGACAACACCACACAAAACGAUAAAGUCUACAGUCAAGAGUACGCCACAUAUUGUGACAACACCACACAAAACGAUAAAGUCUACAGUCAAGAGUACGCCGCAUAUUGUGACAACACCACACAAAACGAUAAAGUCUACAGUCAAGAGUACGCCACAUAUUGUGACAACACCACACAAAACGAUAAAGUCUACAGUCAAGAGUACGCCACAUAUUGUGACAACACCACACAAAACGAUAAAGUCUACAGUCAAGAGUACGCCGCAUAUUGUGACAACACCACACAAAACGAUAAAGUCUACAGUCAAGAGUACGCCACAUAUUGUGACAACACCACACAAAACGAUAAAGUCUACGAUAAAGUCUACAGUCAAGAAUGGUGAUGAUGAUACUGAUGUUGCUAGCAGUGAUAAUGAUGAUGAUGAUGAUACUGAUGUUGCUAGCAGUGAUAAUGAUGGUGAUAAUGAUACUGAUGUUGCUAGCAGUGAUAAUGAUGAUGAUGAUGAUACUGAUGUUGCUAGCAGUGAUAAUGAUGAUGAUGAUGAUACUGAUGUUGCUAGCAGUGAUAAUGAUGGUGAUGAUACUGAUGUUACUAGCAGUGAUAAUGAUGGUGAUGAUACUGAUGUUGCUAGCAGUGAUAAUGAUGGUGAUGAUGCUUCUGAUGUUGCUAGCAGUGAUAAUGAUGGUGAUGAUGAUACUGAUGUUGCUAGCAGUGAUAAUGAUGGUGAUGAUACUGAUGUUGCUAGCAGUGAUAAUGAUGAUGAUGAUGAUACUGAUGUUGCUAGCAGUGAUAAUGAUGGUGAUGAUACUGAUGUUACUAGCAGUGAUAAUGAUGGUGAUGAUACUGAUGUUGCUAGCAGUGAUAAUGAUGGUGAUGAUGCUACUGAUGUUGCUAGCAGUGAUAAUGAUGGUGAUGAUGAUACUGAUGUUGCUAGCAGUGAUAAUGAUGAUGAUGAUACUGAUGUUGCUAGCAGUGAUAAUGAUGAUGAUGAUGAUACUGAUGUUGCUAGCAGUGAUAAUGAUGGUGAUGAUGAUACUGAUGUUGCUAGCAGUGAUAAUGAUGGUGAUGAUGAUACUGAUGUUGCUAGCAGUGAUAAUGAUGGUGAUGAUGAUACUGAUGUUGCUAGAAGUGAUAAUGAUGAUGAUGAUACUGAUGUUGAUAGCAGUGAUAAUGAUGCAUCAGCAACUUCAGGGAGGACUACCAAAGUGAAUAAACAGAGCAAAGCGGACAAUUCAAAACAAGUGUUAAUUGGCCUUGGAUCUGCCAUUGGAGUGGUAGCCUUAAUCGCCCUAGUUAUCUUUGUCGUGAUCUUACGGAAAUCGGCGAAGAAGAAGAGCCACUUGUAUUACGUGAACAAUGACUUCGACUUGGAAUCACACAACAGGGCCAACAAGGCCAUAUUUGAGGCCGAACUGAUGGCGACAGGAAUUAUACCCUUGGAAGACGACAGCCCCAGAGACAGUGUGCAGAACAUUGCCAAUCCCGUCUUUAACGAGUCGUGA